GAGUCUUGAACAAGGCUAUAAGCACAAAAAUUCACUGAAAAUACAAGCAUUUUAAAAAAUUAGCUUCAGUUUCAUAUAGAUCCUACUUGUACUAGUCAACUCUAUAGAAAAGAAAAGAUGGCCGAGCAACAAAAUCACUCGCAGGAGAAUGUUAACAAGGGUGCAGCUCCAGAGAGUACUGACCGUGGAUGUGGAUUGUUCAAUUUCAUGGUAAAGAAAGAAGAGAAUAAGACCCAAGAUGACACUGUCAUGAUAGAUGUUGUUGACACUACUACUCCCUAUCCCAAUGUAGAACCACCAAAGGAAAAAAAAGAGGAGGAGGAGAAGCACACUAGUCUCAUGGACAAACUUCACCGCACUCACAGCAAUUCAAGCUCGUCAAGCGAUGAGGAAGUGGACGAGGUUACUGGAGAGAAGAAAAGGAAGAAGAAGGGACUGAAAGAGAAGAUCAAGGAAAAGAUUUCCGGUGAUCAUCAUAAGGAAAGCAGUGAGCAAAAAGUUGAAAUGGAGAACUGCAGUACUGUUCAUGUGGCUGGAAAUGCAAAUUAUGCAGAAGCAACACACGAAGAUCAAGAAAAGAAAGGAAUAAUGGACAAGAUAAAGGACAAACUUCCAGGUCACCACAACAAGACUGAUCAAGAAUUCCAUCCCACUACUGCAGAUGAGCAAGUCCAUGGAGGUGAUCAUACAAAAGAGAAGAAAGGAUUACUUGACAAAAUCAAGGAGAAAUUGCCUGGACACCACAAGAAUACUGAGGAUCAUGAGGAGAAGCACAAGUCCAACUGAAAUACAUGAGAAUCAUUCUAGGCAUCUAGAUAUGUAUCAGGCGCGCUGACCAACUUGUUUGGAAUUGAGCCGAAGUAGUAAUUAUUAUUGUUGUACUUUUGCUUUUAAUUAAUGUUUUUUCAUUUGCUUACUCUUGUUUGGAGUAGUGAUGUGAUCCUUUGUAAUUGGCCCCACGUGCCAUGGUACUUUUUUAUUGUUGUGUAUGUUAUAUUUAAAGUUCCUUCAAACUUUCCUUC